AUGGUGACGUGUUUUCCUUCCGUCGAGGAUCCUACCUCGAUCGGACCGCUCUACAUCCUGCAUUUUGCAACGUCUAACCAUACUUUUCGUCUGCCAGACUUCCUAGCUGCUGCCGAGUAUCUCCGGAUUCCGUUCGCUUUUGUCCCAACACCGGCACGACCAAUCCUCGAGGAAAGUCGCAAAUCUUAUGAUGCCACCGCCUCAGCUUCGUCUUCAAGCUAUCGACCCGAUCUUCGACGACCGUUUGCACUGGCGCACUUGCCAAAUGAUGAGGCUGCCAUCAAUUUGCUGCGCCGUUGUGUUUCACUUCGAUCCAUUUGGGCGCACUGGUCUCAUGGAAGUACAUACGAAGAGUUGCAUGCUCGUAACCAACAAGAGUCGAGCCGUGUGCUUUGGGCGCCCUACGUAGAAGAAGCCGACUGCCCCUCAUGGAAGGCACACGUGUUCUCGUACAGCUAUACGAUUAGCGACAAGCGUAAGAUCGACAUCAUUCAGAGCUUCAGGUACAUGGACUUGAAGGGACGUAUUCAGCUCAAAAAUCCGUCGAUGCGAUGGGGCGUCAUGGAAGAAUUUAUUGCACAAGAGCUAUGGCCAAGUCACCUUCGCGACGAUCACCACAACUUUCCGGGAGCAGGCAAGGGCACGGACAAGGUUGAUGGCCGAGAGGAGCUUGGCGACAAAGAUCCCCGAUUGGUGCAGAUCUUUCUUGGAAGGCGCAUCGAUGUCAAAGCAGGCCCGCUCUACUCGGACCAGGCGACCGCGGCGGCACCUAGAAAAUCGAGCGACCCUACGCAAGAGGGCCAGACUGGACUUGCCAGGGAUCUGGUUGAGAAGCUCAACCUGAAAAAGCGGGUUUACAUUGGUAACACGUCGAUGGAGUCCGAAAUGAGUCUGCUGAUGGCGAGUAUGGCGCUGGCUGGACCAGGCAAGUUGAUCUACGAUCCUUUUGCUGGAACCGGAUCGAUGCUCUAUGCCAGUGCUGUUUACGGUGCAAUGGCAUUUGGCAGUGACAUUGAUGGCAGACCCAUGCGCGGAAAGGAAAACAUCGCCGAUUCCAACAGCAAGACGGGCAUAGUCAAGAGUGCUACACAGUACGGUAUCCGAGAUCACAUCCUCGACACGGUGGUGUUCGACAUGACUCAAAACCCAUGGCGCAAGGAUCUUCUUUUCCCAGUCGAGGAUGAAAAGGUGCAACACAACGCCAAGCGAUCUGUCGGUGUUGUCGAUGGUAUCGUUGCAGAUCCGCCUUACGGUGUUCGGGCUGGUGCCAAGCGACUGGGCAAACGAGAUCCGGAAAAGCAGAGAAUGGAGGCCUUCUGGAUGCCAGACGGUCUCGGCCCCGGAAAAGGCUGUUGGUCUCACGAACGCUCUGAUUAUGUGCCGCCGACGCGACCGUACCACUUGGAAGACCUUGUCAACGAUCUGCUCGACUAUGCCUACAGUCUGCUUUGUGACGGUGGUCGACUGGUGUUCUGGUUGCCAUCCAUGAUCGACGCAGAAGACGAACAAGAGGACGAUGGCGAUGAGAAAGCAAGCUAUGCCAAGUCCUCGGCCGCCAUUGAAAGGUCGGUGAGCAUUGAUCUGCCGCAGCACCGGCGCAAAGCAGGUCAGGGACGCAUGCGAUUGAUCCACUACUCGUUGCAGGACUUUGGACGGUGGGGACGUUGGCUCAUUACCAUGGAGAAGGUUUCGCCUGAGAAUGAUGUGGACGAUGAUGGCCUGCGCGAGUUGGAACAAAGGAUGGGCGAGUUGGGCAAGAAUAAGGACGAACGUGGAGUCUAUCGAGCUGAUCGAGACCCGCUCGAGUUCCGCAACAGGUACUACCUUCCUCGAGUGUCUAAGCCAUCGCAGUGA